CAGAAACAAAUGUUCUGAAAAACUACAAUAUGCGGUACGGUACGCCUUCGGUUUUAUAGGCCGUCUUGACUUUUUUGUACGACAGGUGAAAUAAAAGCUCACAGAUAUGUGUGUGUCAGUAGUUUGAGCAAGGACAGGUUCGCAAUGGGAGACAGCAGGUGCAGUAACGGUGCGCAGCAGCAAGGGAAGAUGUUGUCAGAUGCUCAGCUCUUCGAGAGGGAGUUUGAGAAGCUGGUGUCUGAACUCACGGAGCAGGACUUCACUGAUCCAGUUCUCACUGAUGCCCUCAACAGACUCCAAGAGGUACUUCGCUACAAUGCUCCUGGAGGUAAGAGAAACCGAGGGUUGUCUGUGAUUGGUUCUCUACGGGAGCUGGUCUCUCCAUCUGAAGUGUCACCUGAUGAAGUUCACCGUGCCCUUUUGGUGGGAUGGUGUAUUGAACUGCUCCAGGCAUUUUUUUUGGUGGCUGAUGACAUCAUGGAUGCAUCUGUGACACGGAGAGGUCAACCCUGUUGGUAUAAGAAGGAAGGUAUUGGUUUGGAUGCCAUCAAUGAUGCUUUUCUACUAGAAGGGGCCAUCUACCGUCUUCUUCGCAGACAUUGCAGAGGACAGCGCUAUUAUGUCCAUCUGUUGGAGCUUUUUACUGAGACCUCUUUCCAGACAGAGUUGGGGCAAGCUCUAGAUCUAAUGACGGCACCUACACACAAAAUCGACCUUGACCGCUUCACUAUUGAGAGGUACAAAGCCAUUGUGAAAUAUAAGACUGCAUUCUACUCCUUUUACCUCCCUGUGGCUGCAGCCAUGUACAUGGCAGGAAUUGAGAAUGAGACUGAACACAACAAUGCUAAAACAAUUUUGCUUGAGAUGGGAGAGUUCUUUCAGAUACAAGAUGACUACCUUGAUUGCUAUGGUGACCCUGCAGUGACUGGAAAGAUUGGUACAGAUAUCCAGGACAACAAAUGCAGCUGGCUGGUGGUGACUGCACUGAGGAUCAUGACUGCUGAGCAGAGAGCAGAACUAGAGGCAUGUUAUGGGCGUAGUGAUGCUGAAAGUGUUGAAAGGGUCAAGGCUUUGUAUGAUACUCUGGAAAUGCCAAUCCGAUACCACCAACAUGAGGAGGAGAGCUAUCAGCGCCUUCAGAAACUCAUCCAGCUCCAUGCCAAGAAUCUGCCCCAUGCUGUUUUUCUUAAUUUUGCCAAGAAAAUAUAUAAGAGGAACAAAUGAGGCAAGGUUCUGUGAAUUGGAAGGACUAGAAAUGGAACCUUUGUUGAAUAUUUUUUAGGCACACAGACUUGGGUCAAAUAAAUGUGCUGAGAGGGAUUUUAGUGGUUGACUAAAUAUGGAAAUAAUAGAUUUUAUCAGCACUUUAAAUAUAUAUAGUGUCAAGUGUUUGGACACUCCUGAAAACUAUAAAAAAGAAAAUGUCAAUAUGUAUUAUUUGAAUAAUAUACUGGAAGGCUUUUAUGCAAAACUGGGAUAAACAGUUUUACUGUACAUUCAAAGGUUGUACCAGGAUCAUAAGCCUGUGUUUUAGACUGCAUCACACACACAUUGUCUGUCUCAUUGGUUCGUUCCUUGAUCAUUGUCAUCAUCACUGCAGUAAAUGUUACUGCUGAGUUGUAGAAAGCCAGCAAUGUGCUUUUAAUAAAGAUAUUUGAU